UGCUGAGUUAAUGUAAAGGACCAGGAGAGGCGCUGCAGGGUAUUCAGGCAAAGUGGGAACCUAUCUCUCUCUCUCUAUCUCUCCUCCUUCUCCUCUCUGUCUGACUCUCUCUUAUUUUAGAGGCGUGUUCAAGACAAAGCAGGUCUAUCAUCUGAGUCCUUUGGUGAGCAGACACUUCUGAAACACAGCUCCUCAGUCUUUGAGCAAGAUGCAGAGGUGGGUCGUGAUCUGUUGUGCUCUCCUGGCUCUGGUUGGUGCUGACGAGUGUCCAGAUGGAGGAAGAUGUAAAGACAGUCAGACCUGCUGCUACGACCCAGCCAAUGGCUAUGAAUGCUGCCCAUUUGCUCAGGCUGAGUGCUGUGGGGAUCACAUGCAUUGCUGUCCUGCGGGAACAGUCUGCGAUACAGCCACGUCCAGCUGUCUGAACUCUACUGGGUCCAUCCCCUGGGUGGAAAGAGCCUCUGCUGAUCAGCCCCGACACUCUAAAUCCUUCAGGAUGAUCAAGACACACAUGGGGGAGGAUGACGACAACAUCUGUCCCGAUUGGUCACGAUGCCCACCUGAGUUUUCCUGUCUAAAGGCCUUGACAAGGUUUGGCUGCUGUCCCCUAGCUCAGGGAGUCCCCUGCUCUGAUGGGAAACACUGCUGUCCUGAGGGCCAUCAGUGCAGCGCAGACAGCCGCUCCUGCAUCGAAAAAGAGCUUGUGACCACAGUUCUGUGCAGUGACGGAAUAUCAGAGUGUCCAGAUGAAACCACCUGCUGUGAAACCCCAGAGGGAAAGUGGGGAUGCUGUCCCCUGCCAAAGGCUGUGUGCUGUGAGGAUAAGACACACUGCUGUCCUGAAGACAGUACCUGUGAUGUGGAACAGUCCAAAUGUAUUUCCUUAUCUACCAAAAAACAAACACCAAUGUGGGCCAAACUCCCUGCCAGGAUAAGAGCAGACUGGGAGAACCAGAAAGAAGAUGAAAAAGUCACUGCAGAGACUGCUGUUGAUGGUGGCUCAGAAAAAACCCCAAAGGUCACUACAGUAAAUGAAGUUCCUCCUUCACAGAAGGAAGUGUCUGUGUCAUCCACCACAAAGGCAGCUGCAAGUGAGAUGUUCAUCGUGAAUCAAAGCAACGAUGUCCCCUGCGAUGAUACAGUAGCCUGUGAAGAUGGCACCACAUGCUGUAAAACCAAAGAGGGUGGCUGGGCUUGCUGUCCUCUGCCAGAGGCUGUUUGUUGUGAAGAUAUGCUUCACUGCUGCCCAAAAGGUAAGAAAUGUAACCUGGUCGCCCAGACCUGCGAUGACGACACAUGCUCUGUGCCGUGGGUCCAGAAGGUACCCACAAUCCCCAGACAGGACGCACAGGUGGGGAAUGUUACGUGUGACUCCACCUACAGUUGUCCUGAUGGAUCCACCUGCUGCAAGACCACAACAGGAGAGUGGGCCUGCUGUCCUCUGCCUGAGGCGGUCUGUUGUGAAGACCACGAGCACUGCUGCCCUACUGGCACCACCUGUGACCUGGCAGAACAAACCUGUAAUGGCGCCUCAGGUUCAACGCCCAUGAAGCAGAAGAUACCUGCUUUUGCUACGGCAGCACCCACUACAGUGGCCCCCAUGAACCAAGAUCAGGCAACAAGCUCAAAGCAAGACGAGAAGAAGGAGCCUGAGACAGAGGAGGUGACAAAAGCAGAGAACAAUGAUGACGACGAUGAUGAGGAGAAUAAAGAGGUGGGGAGCAUUCAGUGUGACCCCCACACCAGCUGCCCUCAGUCUGCUACUUGCUGCUUCAUGACCUCAUCUCAAAAGUGGGGCUGUUGCCCACUGCCACGGGCUGUGUGCUGCGCUGAUGGGAACCACUGCUGUCCCAACCAGUACAAGUGCGAUGAGAGCCAAACCUCGUGCAUCAAAGGGGAAGUGGUGAUCCCCUGGUACACUAAGCUUCCAGCCACCAUCAGCAACGAGGCUGACCCCAGCUCUGUGCAGUGCGAAGAGCAGACCCAGUGUCCUGAACACACCACCUGCUGCCAGCUGCCGACAGGCGACUGGGGCUGCUGCCCGCUGCCAAAUGCUGUGUGCUGCCCAGAUAAGGAGCACUGCUGCCCACAGGGUUACACCUGUAACAUGGCCUCAAACUCUUGCCAGAAGGUCAUCAUGCUGCAGCUGGAGACUGUGCCACUAAUACCAGUGUAUCAACUCGAGCAUCAACCCCCGCCCAAUCCCUCAGAGCACAAAGACGUCCAGUGUGAUGAACAGACCAGCUGUCCAGAUGGAAACACCUGCUGCAGGACCUCCACUACUACAUGGGGCUGCUGUCCAUUGCCUAAUGCGGUGUGCUGCAGCGACAUGUUGCACUGCUGUCCAGCUGGCUACACCUGCACCGACACUGGAGACUGCGAGCAGGGCACCAGGCCCCACUGGCAGGACUGGCACGUGUUCCUUGGGAACAAAAAGAGAGCUCUACUUUUGAAACCAAUAAACCCUGCUGGAGUCCACCAGGCCAUCAGGCCGAAGAAGGAGGCCUUUCAGGCUUGGUUGGGCCAGGGGUCUCCUGAAGUAGCAUACAGGUACCAGUUGGCCCUAAGGGCUGCAGCUGUGGUGGUCCACCAAGCAAAAACUCAGAUGCAGAGGUGGUUCGUGAUCUGUUGUGCUCUCCUGGCUCUGGUUGGUGCUGACGAGUGUCCAGAUGGAGGAAGAUGUAAAGACAGUCAGACCUGCUGCUACGACCCAGCCAAUGGCUAUGAAUGCUGCCCAUUUGCUCAGGCUGAGUGCUGUGGGGAUCACAUGCAUUGCUGUCCUGCGGGAACAGUCUGCGAUACAGCCACGUCCAGCUGUCUGAACUCUACUGGGUCCAUCCCCUGGGUGGAAAGAGCCUCUGCUGAUCAGCCCCGACACUCUAAAUCCUUCAGGAUGAUCAAGACACACAUGGGGGAGGAUGACGACAACAUCUGUCCCGAUUGGUCACGAUGCCCACCUGAGUUUUCCUGUCUAAAGUCCUUGACAAGGUUUGGCUGCUGUCCCCUAGCUCAGGGAGUCCCCUGCUCUGAUGGGAAACACUGCUGUCCUGAGGGCCAUCAGUGCAGCGCAGACAGCCGCUCCUGCAUCGAAAAAGAGCUUGUGACCAGCGUUAUCUGUGGCGACGGAGUUACAGAGUGUCCAUCUGGAAACACCUGCUGUAAAAGUGCAUCAGGACCAUGGGGAUGCUGUCCUCAGCCACAGGCUGUGUGCUGCACUGAUGGGAUCCACUGCUGUCCAUCCAACUACAAGUGUGAGGGGACCACCUGCACCAGAGGGGACGUGGUGAUCCCUGCGUACACCAAGCUUCCAGCCACCACCAGCAUCAAGGCUGAUACCAGCUUGUUGGUGAAAGAGCUUGAGACCAACGUUAUCUGUGGCGAUGGAGUUACAGAGUGUCCAUCUGGAAACACCUGCUGUAAAAGUGCAUCAGGAUCAUGGGGAUGCUGUCCUCUGCCACAGGCUGUGUGCUGCACUGAUGGGAUCCACUGCUGUCCAUCCAACUACAAGUGUGAGGGGACCACCUGCACCAGAGGGGACGUGGUGAUCCCUGCGUACACCAAGCUUCCAGCCACCACCAGCAUCAAGGCUGAUACCAGCUUGUUGGUGAAAGAGCUUGAGACCAACGUUAUCUGUGGCGAUGGAGUUACAGAGUGUCCAUCUGGAAACACCUGCUGUAAAAGUGCAUCAGGAUCAUGGGGAUGCUGUCCUCUGCCACAGGCUGUGUGCUGCACUGAUGGGAUCCACUGCUGUCCAUCCAACUACAAGUGUGAGGGGACCACCUGCACCAGAGGGGACGUGGUGAUCCCUGCGUACACCAAGCUUCCAGCCACCACCAGCAUCAAGGCUGAUCUCAGCUUGUUGGUGAAAGAGCUUGUGACCAACAUUAUCUGUGGCGACGGAAUUACAGAGUGUCCAUCUGGAAACACCUGCUGUGAAAAUGGAUCAGGAGUAUGGGGAUGCUGUCCUCUGCCACAGGCGGUGUGCUGCAGCAACAUGUUGCACUGCUGUCCCUAUGGCUACACCUGCACAGACACUGGACACUGCAUUCGGGAGAGCAGGCUCCACUGGCAGAACUGGCAGUUGACCCGUGCCAACAAAAAGAGAGCUCCACUUUUGUGAAAACAUCUCCCCCCUGCAUGUGUCAUGUGUUUCUGCGUGCAAUGUAUUAAUGGAAAAUAAUGUCAGAGGGAUUUAAUGAUAUUGAUACUUUGAUUUUUAUUCUUAGUGAAAGGAUGAAGGGUAUCUGUGAAACUGAAUUGCACCUGGGGUUACGGUAUUCUGUGAUCUUGGAGAGGCAACACCAAGUAUAUGCAAUUAAACCAAGGCAUUAAUUUUUUAGUAACUCAUUUUAAAUUUCAUUUAAUUUGAUUUCACUUUAUUGUCAGAUGAAAACAAGCCUGAAAUUUGUCUUAAGGUCAGAUAGAUCCUUGUAUUCCAAGCACACAGUUGCAAGCUAUUUGAAACUCCAUCCAAUAAAAACACUCUACAGGCAAUAUUCACA